AUGGACAUGAGGCCGUCACUCCAUGUACUCCUCCCGCUCCUACUCGCCACCUUCAUUGCCAUCGCCCAUGCCGAAACCGACACGGCCGCCGUGCCGUCACCAAGCCUAGCUACGUAUCCGACGCCGGCUUGGACACCCGUGUUCCCACCGCCACCUCCAACACCGGAGUGGUCGUCAGUGUCCACGCCGCCGCCACCGGCGUUGACGCCCCUGUCCCCGCCGCCACCUCCACCACCGGCGUGGACGCCCGUGUCCUCCCCGCCACCUCCACCGCAGGCGUCCCCGCCACCACCUCCACCGCCGGCGUGGACGCCCGUGGCAAACGUGAACGUUCAGUCGAUCAAGCAGGUCGGGCAGUUCGCCGUCCGCAUCCACGCCCUCCAUGUGGAGGUAGACCUGGUCUUCGUGAAAGUCGUCAGCUGCCGGACCCAGCCGUCGAGCGACGGGUUCAUCUACCAGCUGGUGGUCGCCGUGACGGGCUCCGGCGCCGAGUCGCCGCAGUACGACGCGGUCGUGUGGGGCAUCCUUGGGACAAUGCGCUGGGAGCUCCGGUCCUUCAAGCCAAAGUAA